UAACUACAGCAAAAUUCAUAUCCUGUGUAAUAAUAAACACUGCGCUGAGGAAGGGACAGGAAGUCUCAGAGGCAGGAGAGCAGAGCAGCCAGAUCUGUCUGGCAGGAAUAGCCAGUGGGAAGAUCCAGCUGAAUGAGUGCUCCACAGAGGUGAGCUGACCCACCAGCCACAGCACAAGGGAGCAGGCUGUGAGAACAGCCCCUGGCAACCACCAUUCUACUUUCUGUGCAUUUGACUAUUGUAGGUGCCUCAAGUUUAGGGUACAGGUGCAGAUCUUGCAGAGUUGUUGCACAGGGGCUGAGCCCUGCUGCUGACACCACAGAGGCCCAGCAAUGCUGCUGAGUUGGCAGUGGCAGACAACUUGCUCCUGGAAUCUACAAGGGAACUGGAAAUGUGAGGAAGGAAGAGAGGAAGCAAGAGGAAGAUGAGGAGAAUGGACAUGGCAUAGAGAAAAAUAUCACAAGCCUCUGAGCCAGAUAAGUCUCAAUCCCAUCAUGUAAACGCAGGCUGUUAAUAUUUGCUAUCACAUAUCGAACACAUUCUAUGUGCCAGGCUGAGUGCUUUAUGUGACUAUUUUAUUCCAUGAAAAUCACUUGAACUUUUCAGCCCUAGGUUUCUAAUGUAUAAAAUUGAUGUAAUGACAUGUAAGUGACAGGGUUGUUAUAAGGAUUAGAGUUGCAAUGGUCUAAUUUCUGGAAGUCAGCAGGAGUUAAAUAAAUGUUUACAUUACUAAUUACUAAGCCAAUGAAAGCAAGGAGGAAGAUUUGGGAUGGGACAGGCCAUCUUCCUACAGAAAAGGAAAGUGGAACAGCAUUCAUCCCAAAUAUUUUUUUUUUUUUGAGACAGAGUUUUUUUUAUUGUUUGUUUUGUUUUGAGAUAGUCUUGUUCUGUUGCCAGGUGCCGGGCUGAAGUACAGUGCUGUGAUCUUGGCUCACCACAACCUCUGCCUCCUGGAUUCAAGUGAUUCUCCAGCCUCAUUCUCCCAAGUAGCUGGGAUUACAGGCAUGCAACACCACACCUGGCUAAUUUUAGAGUUUUAGCAGAGACAGGGUUUCUCCAUGUUGGUCAGGCUGGUCUCAAACUCCUGACCUCAGGUGAUCCACCUGCCUUGGCCUCCCAAGGUGCUGGGAUUACAAGUGUGAGCUAUUGCACCCAGCUCACCACCAACAUUUUUAUGAAGAUAAAAUGAAGAUUGGAGUAGAAGACUGAUCGGUGCAAGUGUAGAAUAAAAGUGUAAUUCUGGUAUGGGAAGGUAGCACAGGUGAAGCAGAGACACAGGAGAUAGGGAAAAGAAGCUGGAAGCAGGGGUCAUUGGAGGGAGAGUGAGAUAGACACACUCAGGGCUACAAAGCAAGUUCUAUGUGAUUUGCUCACCUCUCGAUUGUGGGAACCCUCAAAAUGUGUGCAGUUCUCUCCCAGUGACAUGCCUCUUGACCACAAUGGAUGAACUGUGCCCAGAAUGCUCACUUUAUAACGCCCCAUCGUGUCUUGUUUUGUUUCUAAGGGACAACCGGCCUUUGAGUAAUGGCAAAAAACCUAAGUUCCUACAAUGUAGGGUCUCUGGGAAGCUUCUGAGUCUAAGUCAAACCUUGGGAAGUAACUUACUUUGAUGCCUUUCCAGCAUCAUCAGCAUCAUGCUAUUACAAUCCCAAACCACGAGGGCUUUUGGCAUCUUUACACCAAAGGGCAUGGCUGUCCCUGAAAGAGAGAAACCUGGACACAUGUACCGAGAAGAAGAUUACCUGCAGAGUGGGCUGCCAACAGAAGCCACCGUUCUCGGGACUGUCCAGAUCCUGUGUUGCCUGAUGAUAUCAAGUUUGGGGGUCAUCUUGGUUUUUGCUCCCUACCCUUCCCACUUCAAUUCAGCAAUUUCCACCACUUUGAUGUCUGGGUACCCAUUUUUAGGAGCUCUGUGUUUUGGCGUUACUGGAUCUCUCUCAAUCAUCUCUGGAAAGCAAUCAACUAAGCCCUUUGACCUGAGCAGCCUGACCUCAAAUGCAGUGAGUUCUGUUACUGCAGGGGCAGGCCUCCUCCUCCUUGCUGACAGUGUGGUAGCCCUGAGGACUGUCUCUCAACAUUGUGACUCAGAAAAGGAGUAUCUAUCCUCACUGCCUUAUUCGGAGUACUAUUAUCCAGUAUAUGAAAUCAGAGAUUGUCUCCUGACCAGUGUCAGUUUAACAGUGAGUAGCUUCAGACUGAAUAUUCUGUCGUGUGAAAUCUCAGUGUCUUCCCUCUGCAUAACCUCUGCUUUUCUGGCAGUCUCUGGUCCUGUUGGUCCAAAUGUCUGGAGACAGACAGAAAUAAACAAACACCUAUGGUUGGAAGAGGCCUGUCUGCAGACUGCAUGGUGUGAGGGGUGUACCAGGCAAAGUCAGAAGAGGAAAUCAAGGACAACAGGGAGACUAUCACUCUUCUGGUUUUUCUUAUCACAAACAUUCCAACCUCGAUGAAUUUAACUCUUAAAGUACAACCUUUGUUGAACAGACUUCUCCCUACUCAUCACAGGCAGAAAUAUUCUUCAUCUGAAUUUUAUUUUAAUCUGGGAUUAUCUCUUUUGGGUUCUUUUCUAGGGGUUGGAUGCCCCUACCCCUUAAAGAUGCUUGUCUUCUGAUCAUCAGUGAAUUGAGGACUAGCAGAGGCUGUGCAGUGUUCAAUUUACUCUUCAAAUGCAAGCCUGUAGGCUACAUUAUGUUAGCCACAGAACAUGAAUCUUAAGCCCAAAUACCUCAUUAUUUUGUACUUUGGUCCAACAGGGCUGACAGAGUGCAGUGGGAAGGGAGAAAGCCUGUCACGGAUAUGACUUCUAGAAAAAAUGUCAACCUCUCUGGGCAGCAUUUUCUUGGCACCUUUCUCCCAAACUUGAUGAUCACUACCUGUUCGCGGUGACAAGCCUUGUUUAUUUCAUCCUGUAAAUGUAGGAUCAUGGUGCUAAAACCAUAAACCCAUGGCCUUUUAAGAAGAAAGACUUGGCCGGGCACAGUAGCUCACGCCUGUAAUCCCAGCACUUUGGGAGGCUGAGGCAGGCAGAUCACCUGAGGUCAGGAGUUUGAGACCAGCCUGACAAACAUGGAGAAACCCUGUCUCUACUAAAAAUACGAAAUUAGCUGGGCUUGGUGGCACAUGCCUAUAAUCCUAGCUACUUGGGAGGUCAAGGCAGGAGAAUCCCUUGAUCCCAGGAGGUGGAGGUUGCGGUGAGCUGAGAUAGCACCAUUGCAUUCCAGCCUGGGCAACAACUCUAUCUCAAAAAAAAAAAAAAGAAGAAGAAGACUUCUUCCUUUAUGAAUCCUUUUAGUAGGAGCAUGGGGAACCCAACGUAGUAUCUGUCAUUCCCUUGGAUCCAUCUGUCUCGCAAAUCUCAGAAAACAUGUGCAAGCUUUUGCACUCCUGUGGGUCUGCCCAUGUGACUCUGAGAUUGUCAAAAGCAACCCCUUUGGUUCAGGAGCUAGAGGAAGUGGAAGAGCACAGAGAUCCAUCUGGAGGAAGCCCAGCAGAUAGUAUAAUCGUGGUGCAGGACAGAUAUUGGGUAAAGAAAUGGGGGUGGGAGAGGCAUAUUGGGGGUUUAAUUUGAAAACAAAUUUCAUUACCUCAAACUGCCUCCCAUUCUCCAACAACUGGAGUCUAAAAGAGCUUCCUACAACAUCAGAGAAGUUUCAACAUGCCAGACUAAGCAGAUUCCAAAGGCCUACUCUGUUAAUUAACACAGCAAUUACCUGGACAAAAGUAACAAAUUUUAAAAAUUAAAAAAUAUAUAGCCAAGAUUAGAUGAAGAAGGGAAGGAGGGCAGAAGGAAGAACAAAUCAAAGAAGAAAGAUGUCUUAGGUUCCAGAAGCUAAGAAGGAUUCUAAAGCCAAAUCAUCAAACAAGAGCUGAGGCGAAAAAACCAGGGAAGUCUGGAUGGGAAUAGGUGUUAGAGGAUAGGAUCAUGCACUUUUAACACCCAUGAUGAGAUUUGACAUUUGGCAGGACUAUAAAGCUCAUAUUGAGUACCCUGCAAAAAUGUUGAAAGCUGAGAUGGAAUAUUUUUUUCAAUUUGUGAAAAUCAUAUAAAGCAAAUUCCACCCAAGGAAUUUCAAGAAAACCUUCCAUCAGCUCACUAAGCUUUGUGCAAGCAUGCCAUCCAAAUUCAUAAUUACAUAAGGGAACCUCAAAUAAAGGGAUAAAGUUUAAAACUGCUAUCAGAUAUGUGGUCUAAGGUUCUAGCAGAAUCAAAUCUAAAAUUACUAUAGAAGGAGAUGUCCAUAAACCCAGCUUAUACAAUGCCUACCUAUCAAAGAACCCCACCACUACCACCAUCUACAUACUGAAGUUAUCCACCAACCAAAAUAUUAUGAGAAGCAUAACAAGAACACAAAAAAACAUGGGAAGCAGCAGCAAAUGAGGAAGCAUAAAAAUUAGAAGCUCAAGAAUUGAGGAUAAUACAAUAAUUUGAAUAAGGCUAUUAUGAAAAUACAUUUUAAAUCAUUAAAAAUGUUUAAAAAGUAAUAUAAACCAGGCCAGGCAUGGUGACUCACACCUGUAAUCCCAGCACAUUGGGAGGCUGAGGCAGGCAGAUCACCUGACAUCAGGAGUUCAACACCAGCCUGGCCAACAUGAUGAAAUGCAGUCUCUACUAAAAAUACAAAAAUUAGUUAGGAGUGGUGGUAUGUGCCUGUAAACCCAGCUACUUGGGUGGCUGAGGCAGGGGAAUCACUUGAAGUGGGGAGGCGGAGGUUGCAGUGAGCCAAGGUCGCACCAUUGCACUCGAGCCUAGGUGACAGAAUGAGACCCUGUCUCAAAAAAAUAAAAAAUAAAAGUAAUAGA